UGACAGCUUGUGCCUUGUGUGCCGUGGAAGGAGGGGAGGGGAGUGAGUAUCGACGCUGGCGCAUGCGUGGUAGCGGGCAGGCGCGGGGGGCUCGGGUGGAGAGAGCCGCCGCUGCCGCCGCCCGGACCCUGAGAGGAUUCCCUUGUUCUUGCGCCUUUGCUGCCGUCACCGUCGCCGCCUGGGCCUGCUAAGCCGCCGCUGCUGCCGCCGCCGGAGUCCCGGCCCCUCCCGUGGGGAGGCAGGAGGGUCCCGGGAGCCGACGGAACAGGCGGGACCAUGUCCGGGCGCGGCCAGGGCGGCAAACUGCCCACGACGGAGCGCAUCGUGAAAGCUGUUCCAUUCCCUCCCACACAGCGGCUAACCCUGAAGGAAGUUUUUGAGGAUGGGAAACCCAGGUUGGAAGUAUUAAAAAACCACUUGGUAAAAGAAGGACGCUUGGAAGAGGAUGCAGCGCUGAAGAUAAUCAAUGAUGGAGCUGCCAUUCUGAGGCAUGAGAAGACAAUGAUUGAAGUAGAGGCUCCAAUCACAGUGUGCGGUGACAUUCAUGGGCAGUUCUUUGACCUGAUGAAAUUGUUUGAAGUUGGAGGAUCACCCAAUAACACUCGCUACCUCUUCCUGGGAGACUACGUGGACAGAGGCUACUUCAGUAUAGAGUGUGUUCUGUAUUUAUGGAGUUUAAAGAUAAACCAUCCCAAAACACUUUUCCUGCUCCGAGGGAACCAUGAGUGCAGGCACCUCACAGAAUACUUCACCUUUAAACAGGAAUGUCGAAUUAAGUACUCAGAGCGGGUGUAUGAUGCAUGCAUGGAUACAUUUGACUGUCUUCCUCUUGCUGCCCUCUUGAACCAGCAAUUUCUGUGCGUACAUGGAGGGCUGUCUCCAGAAAUCACAUGUCUAGAUGACAUUAGGAAAUUAGACAGGUUUAAGGAGCCUCCAGCCUUCGGUCCAAUGUGUGACCUGCUGUGGUCUGAUCCAUCAGAGGAUUAUGGCAACGAGAAAACGCUGGAACAUUUUACCCACAACACUGUUCGAGGUUGCUCCUAUUUCUACAGUUACCCUGCGAUUUGUGAAUUUUUGCAAAAUAAUAAUUUGUUAUCUGUGAUCCGAGCGCAUGAAGCCCAGGAUGCUGGAUACCGAAUGUACAGGAAGAGCCAAACUACAGGUUUUCCAUCCCUAAUCACAAUCUUUUCUGCACCAAAUUAUCUAGAUGUCUAUAACAACAAGGCUGCUGUGCUGAAAUAUGAAAACAAUGUCAUGAACAUCAGGCAGUUCAACUGUUCUCCACACCCUUACUGGCUUCCAAAUUUCAUGGAUGUUUUCACAUGGUCUUUGCCUUUCGUAGGGGAAAAGGUUACAGAGAUGCUGGUUAACAUCCUCAACAUCUGCUCUGACGAUGAGCUGAUUUCAGAUGGAGAUGAAACAUUGGAAGAUAACUACAUUUCAAGCUAUCCGAAAGGAGGCACAACAGUCCGUAAAGAGAUCAUCAGGAAUAAGAUCAGGGCCAUUGGGAAGAUGGCACGUGUCUUCUCAGUUCUUCGAGAGGAAAGCGAGAGCGUGCUGACUCUCAAAGGCCUGACACCUACAGGGACUCUUCCCCUAGGAGUCCUCUCAGGGGGGAAGCAGACUCUACAGACUGCCACAGUAGAAGCAGUAGAGGCACGGGAAGCCAUCCGUGGAUUUUCACCGCAGCACAAGAUCCGCAGCUUUGAAGAAGCCAGGGGCCUGGACCGCAUUAAUGAGCGCAUGCCACCACGCAAGGAUUCAAAGCACCCUGAUGGGCCGGUGAACUUAACCUCAACAAACUCUGCAGACAAGAAUGGGACGGGGAAGAAAGCCCAGUAAUGGUUCAAAACGCCCAGUCUGUAUCCAAAACG